GUUCCCAAACAGCAAUCGGGCAGAGCUCAAGAGCAGAUGGAGGGACUUUGAAGUAUUUGACCUCACGACUCUUCGAAAAACAGCAAACGCUUCUGCUUUCACUUCCUCACUGUAGACAGACUUUGGAGAGGAAACUCCCAUUCACCAUGGCGGCAGCUGCUAAUGCUGCUACAUCUUCCAAAGGCAGUCUGAAGGAGGACCUGACAUGUGCCAUCUGCUGCGACCUGUUCCGGGACCCUGUCAUGUUGGCAUGUAUGCACCACUUCUGCAAACCCUGUAUCUCCAGGUACUGGAGAGGAACCCAGGGGCCUGUCACCUGUCCGCAAUGCCGCAAGGAAUUCAGCUGCAAGCAGUUUCAGACCAACUACCUUGUGACAGCAAUGGUGGAGAAAGUCAGGGCCACCACCUCGGACACUUACCUGAAGAACCUAGAGAAACAGCUGAAGGAGACUUUGGAGAACCACCGUUUGAGGAAGGAGGACUUCAUCAACCGCAUUCGCAGAGACAAAGACAAGAUGGAAACCAUAAAGAAACUAGGAUCAGACCUGCAGGCUCGUGUUAAAGGAGAAUUCAGAGCUCUGUAUCAGAUCCUGCAGGACGAGGAGACCUGUGUGCUGGAGCAGCUCAGGAGAGAGCAGGAGGAGGAGCUGGAGAAAGUGCAGCACCACCUGGAGGCCAUCGAGCUGGCUCUAAGGGAGCUGGAGGAAAACAUGAGAGUGCUGCAGCAGGCCAGCGCUGACACCGAGAAUGUGGUAGUGACAGAGCUCCCACAGCUGAGACCGUGUGUGCGGGCAGAUAUUGCUCCAGAGUUUGAUAUAAACACCUUCAGCAACAAGUACAUGGCCCCUUUGCAGUACAUCACAUGGAGAAAAAUGUUCAAGUCUUUGAAGCCAGGUCCUUCCCCGUUAACAUUUGAUGUUGACACAGCGCACCCGAGCAUCUAUGUCUCAAGAGACAAAACAGUGGCUGUUGAAUGUGACACCAUAAUCCAACAUAUGAGCCACAACAAGCGGUUCCUCCAGUGCAUCAAUGUCCUGGCUGCCCAGGGUUUCCAGUCAGGAAGACACUACUGGGAGAUAGAAGUUGGCUCCAAACCCAAGUGGGACCUGGGCGUGGCCUCUGAGGCUGUAGAUCGGCAUGCCCGGAUCAAGCUGAGCCCCGAGAGCGGCUACUGGACGCUGCGGGUCCGAAACGGGAAUGAGUACUCAGCCGGCACGCAGCCCUGGACAAGGUUGCUGCUUGGCUGCUCUCCUAAGAGGGUGGGUGUUUUCUUAGAUUGCGAGGAGAGACGUGUGUCCUUCUACAACGCAGACGAUAUGAGUCUGCUUUACUCAUUCACCAACGGGCCCAGGGGGAAGGUGUACCCUUUCUUUAGCCCAUGCAUCAGUGACAGCAGUCAGAAACCUCAGCCAAUCAAACUCAUCCACUAUCCACCUGUCGCUCUGUCAGGUUAAAAGGGGGUCCAAUCAAUAAACUAUUUUUAUUAUCAACCAAUGACAAUUACCUCCUAGCUGUUAAAGCCUCUGGUAACCAAAUCCACAAAAACCUUGCAACUAUAAUAUUUAUGAUCAAAUACCCAUAAUAUUCAUGGUCUUAAAAUAAUUAGAACUAAAUUUCAGUAAAGUUCAAGUUUACAAAACAUUUCUGUAAUUGGGUGUAGAGUAGGCGGGUUCUUUUCAAGCUUUGUGACAAAAUAACCAUCAACAAAUCAAAAAAGCGCCGACCACACAGGUGCAACAAACCUACUCUGAUACCUGAGUCUGCCCUUCUUACCCAGUAUAUGCACGGCAUUCUCACAUUACUAGUAUUACCUGUGGACCUCUGAUAAAUCUUGAAUUACCCCCUGACAUCAGUGUUUGUCGCAAAGCAUUCACAGGGGUUAAACAAAGUCUGUAAUCUACUAAAACUUACAGACAUUUCCAAAGGAAAACAGAGUGCUGCAUGGCUGCAGCAAUGAAAAUAUACAGUAAAUUUUAUUUUCUAAAAUUCAUACCAAAAAAUGCAAUGUUGUGCACAUCUCGACGUUUCCUGCAUGUGUCCUAUACAUAUUUAUUACCAGAGUUUCCAAUUAACAACAUGAGCUUCAGUGUUUUAUCCCGAUCCUUAGCAGGUUGUCUUUGACUGAUAAACUAGUGACACAUCUCCUCUAUCUCUCCCAUUAGGCACUGAGGUUGUGUUAACCACCCAUGCGUAUCUGCAGCUGAUCAGACCAAAGAAAGGGAAGUCGAGCCUUGCGUAAAUGUAUGAGAAAGGGAGACGUCUAAUGUUAAAUAUGAACCUCUCCUGUUACUGUCAACAGAUUUUUAUGCAGUUGAUACUGUUGUCAUUCUAUGCUCUAUACUUUUUGGAUCAUUACACAUCCACAACAGCCCUCCUCGCUUAAGUCAACUGUUGCCACCUAACCAAUGAGUGUUGAGCAACACAUUUCAAUUUAAACUAUCCCCUACACUGCCUCUAUUAUUUUAUGAUCAGAAAAAGGUGCUCAAAUUGUAUCGACUGUUAAAAAAACAUAACUACUCUAAAUUACAGAGAUGCUGAUUUGCCUGUUUACACGGGAUUAGAUUUACCUGUGGACCUCUGUGUGCUGAAGUAUGGUAAUAGGUAAUUUGCCCUGGAAUUUCUACGCUGCCAAUUACAGACAUGGUUGAUUUGCAAGGGAUCAAGAGACAGACUUCCUACAUGAUUAUUACAAAUUACAGGAGGUCCCUAUACUAAUCCCUUGUGAAAAGGACAUUAAUUUAAGAUAAUUUAAUCUUAAUUUUAAUCUCAAUAAUUUAAUUUAAAGCAAGCUGCUCACCUAUUCAUCUAACUAAUCAUAUCGAUCUGAUCCCUGUCUCUCUCCUUCCACUCGUUGCUCUGUGUCUCUGCACACGCCCCAAUGUGGACGAAUCCAGCCGAUUUAGAGAAACAGUGGCCAUGCUUUGGUAAAUAGUAUGCACACUGCAAAAGGACACCAGUAUAUACCACACUAAUUUUCCCCAAAACUGCUCACAGAGCUCUGGUCUUUGCUAAAAUGCUUCAUCUUUUACCCAGAGCAGUUGUGCUCACUGCAAAGAUAUAACAUGGAAAUUUUCUCUUAAAAAACACCAGCUGCCAGCUGAGAGGAAGAUCAGCAGAGCCACAUCCAUUAAGCCACAUCCAUUUCCUGAGAGGGGCCGAGUCAGAUGGCUCAGUAACAUUUAAAGCCACAGACACAGAAACAGCUCAUUCUG